GCUGCUCUUUCGAUUGUCCAAGACGCAGUACCAGACGCCUGGCCGCCAUCCAACUCGCAGUACGAUGCUUCAUUCCUCCGGAAACAAAAAGGCCAAGCCGACCGGGACAGCCUCGGGCGCUGCCAGCGGCAGGACUCGGCAACAGCCCUCGCUAGCCUCUGUGCGUUCGUCCUUUCGUCAACAGCGUCUCGGGCAGGAUGGAGCCCAGGGGCUCGAUUCCUCUCUUGGUUUGAAAAAGAUUAUCCAGGCCUCCCGAAGCACCGGUCGUCUCAAUCUCUCGAACCAGUCCCUCACCUCGAUUCCCGAGCAGGUUUUUUCCCGGGAUGGCUCCGAGGACCAUAAGCCCGUCGUCGACUACUCAUUCGACAGCCCCUCUUCGGAUCCCUCAUGGUGGGAGGAAGUCGAAAUGACUCGGCUUAUCAUUGCCGACAACGAAAUCAACGCAAUCGAUCCCAGGAUUGAAUCCCUUGGAGCCCUGACUCUCUUCGAUGCACGCAACAAUAGGCUCUCCUGUCUGCCCGCCGAAAUGGCUCAGCUCACUCAGCUGGUGAUCGUCAAUCUGGCCAACAAUGCCUUGAGCGAGUUUCCUUCUUGUCUGCUCGGGGCUCCCUUGCAGGACCUUUCCCUACUCGGCAAUCAGAUCAAGACCCUUCCGGAUUCGAUUGGCCAGCUUGUGCAUCUCACCAACUUGGAUCUCUCCCGCAACCGAAUCGGCAAGCUCCCAGCCUCUGUCUCCGCCCUCAUCAACCUCACCAAGCUCAACCUCUCGGAGAAUGCCCUCGAAUCGCUCGAUGGAGUUCAGUUCUCUGGAAUGAAGCUGCUCUCCGAUCUCGAUCUUCACGACAACAACCUUGUGUCGUUUACAGAUGGAUCGACAUCCCUGCCCUCGCUCGCGCGUCUCGAUAUCAGCGACAACAAAAUUUCGCACUUCUCCGAGCAAGCGCCCAUGGAUCUGCCGCAGCUUCGCGAGCUCUACCUUUGUAACAAUAGAAUGCACUCUGUGGGCCUGCUGCUUCGCACGUGUCUGUUCCUUGAGACCUUGGAUCUUCGCGACAAUGCCCUCACCGAAGUGCCAGCAGACGUCCUUGCCAUGAUGAAUCUCAAACGCUUGGAUUUCAGUAAUAACUCAAUUUCCAAGCUCCCGCCAGAGCUGGGUCUCCUCUCCAACCUGAACACCUUGGGCUUUUCCGGAAAUCCCCUCAAAGGCGUUCCCACGGGUGGUACCAAGGCUAUAUUGGCGUUACUCAAGGGAAGAAUAACCGCUGCCCCAGCGCAGGAGAUGGCCUCGAGCGGUGCAGCAGACGAAGGAGCUUCGCUCGAUGAGACCACGCGCAGUCGCCACCCAUCAACCCAGAACCCAACCAACAAGUCGCUUGACUUUUCUUCCCGUCGAUUGGAGAAUCUGCCGCAGUCGCACAUCGAGGAUCUCUCUUUCCUCCCCGCCAAUGUGAUUCUCAGCCACAACUUGUUUUCCAGUGUCCCCGAGUCUUUGUCGAUAGUUGCGGCGACGAUGACGACUCUUGUGAUAACCCAUUGCAAGAUCACGACCUUGCCUGUGACCCGAUUCCCUCUGCUGAAGGACUUGAAUCUAUCGAACAACUUCAUUACUGAUAUCGGCACCCUCUCGUCAAGCACCCUUCCCUCUCUGAUUGAGCUCAAUCUGAACAACAAUCGCAUCCGCCAACUGCCGCAGCACCCCAUUGAUCUUCCGCUCCUCACCACGCUUCUGCUCUCGGGCAACGCCAUCGAGUCUAUCCAUGUGUCUGCUCUCACGGCAGCACCUUUGCUUCAAGUUCUUGACUUGAGCAACAACAGCAUUUCCAGCGUCCCUCCCGAGCUUGGAUUGGUUCGCAGUCUCAAGCGACUUGUUCUGGACGGCAACACCUUUAAGGUUCCCCGUCGGGCCAUCCUUGACAAAGGCACCGACGCCAUCAUGACUUACCUGCGGGACCGCAUUCCCAAUUGAUCUGCUUCGAUGAAUCGCGCUCCCGAUGUCCCAACUUCAUUAUGUCACUCCUUCCCAAACUACAUGCGGUCCAAUAAAAACGGGACAGCCCGGAUUUUGGUCGUUGAACAAUGAUGC